AUGGACAGGUUCAUCAUACAACAUAAUAGACCUAUAUAAUAUUCAACUUUCAGAUAAUUGGCUCUUAUCAACCAAUAGCUAAGAGAUGCUGCAGGAAAUUAAAGGAAUAACGACUUCUUUGACGAAGACAUGAAUGGGGCAGAAUUAGAGUAAGGUGGCUAAUUAGACCUAAGCUUUGAGGAGGAUGACAAUGUAAAUGAUAAUAUAACAAACAAUACAAACUCUACCUCAAACGAAAAUUAAGAGGCUGAAGAUAUGGUUAUGAUAGAUACUGAAAUAUAAGAGGAGAACUCUAGCAUAUAUGGAAGUCUUCAAAGGAGAAGCCCAUUAAUAAAACCUGAUAAAAAAAAGUUUGAUUUUGAUUCCGCUGAAUAUUUCAGAGAAAGUUACCUUAGGCUAUCGUCCAGUAAUAACCUCCUCAUCUCUAAAGACCACUUCAAAAAAGAAUGA